GGAAAUAAAGAACAAUGUCCAUUAAUAACAUGUCAUGUGGUCAAAGAACGUCAAAACAAUAAUUUUGUAUAAUAUAUACCAUGCCCCUGUACAUAUUUUUUAAGUAAUGGAAAAAUUAAGUAAACCAAAAAAGAAACAAGGAACUAAAGUCAAAUAUUCAGAAGGUGACUUAGCUAAAACUGUUCCAUCUGCUCCGACCCUUGCAGACUUUAUAACUGAUGAAGUUGAAGAAAUAUCUAAAGAAUCAAAUGAAGAACAACCAUAUACAAAUGAUAUUACUAAAACGAAAGAAUCAAUUAAUGAAAGGGAAACUGAAGAUAAUAAAAAUGAAAUUUGCACAAGUAAUAAAGUAGUGGAAGUUUCUACUGAAGUGUCCGCAUCAACAACUAUAAUUAAGACAGAUAAAUGUAGUUCUUCUAUAAAAACUAAACAAUCGGAUACUUUAUAUCCAGAAUUGACUGAUAUUAAAGACUUAUCUUCCCUAAAGCUUAGUAGUAAACAUAAAGACAAAAAUUUAGAAAUUUUAUCUAUAGACGAAUUUUAUGAAAAUGAUGAUAAAAAUCUUCUUACAAAACAUGCCAGAAGUUAUAUGUACAAGUUCUUAAAUGAACAUGACAAAGUUGCUGAUAAUGAUUGGUUUUAUUGUAUGGUACAACAAUAUUUAAAAUCAACAAUUGAAUUAACCACAAUUAAAGACAGAGUAUUGGAAAUAAAUGACCAUUGCUCUAAAUUGAGAUCAAAUGUGUGGUCUAUUGAAAAUGCUGUUGCAACAAAAAAUAGUGUCUGCAAAGAUAAUAUAAAUGUAACAGCUUCGUUUGACUUUAAGAUAGCUAAAUUGCAGCAAUCUAUUUUAGUUGAUUUGGAACGCAAUUCAAAAAAAUUGAGGGAUUGCUGUCACAAAGAUUACAUCAAUUUUGCACAUAAAAGUCUUCUAUUAAAAUUAAAGAUCCAACAUUAUGUUACAUUAGUUACCAGUUCUUCCAAAAAAAGUGAAACGGAUGUCUUACAUAUUAAACUAUGUAUAUCCACUUUAUUUCAUUUCAUACGUAAAAAUCACAACGAACUACUAUUCAUACAAGAAAUAAGAACAUGGUUAGAUAUAUUUGUAGACUAUUUCUUGAACUCUGAUGCAUGCGAUAAGGAAAUAUUUUUAUUAAAUCAUAUUCUCAGAUGUCCGCCAGGAAUUUCAUGGACAAUAAAAUAUUUUCAAUGCCCAAAACCUGCCAUAAAUAAUAAAAAUUAUUUUUUUAAUUACGAUGCUCAACUGUGUUUAACAUUGUUAUAUACUAUUCUUUCACCAAUUGAAAAAAGAGAUGCUUUUUUGAAAUCUGAUAAUGCAGAUCUUAGUUCUGCAUCAAAAACAAUAUCAACUUGGAUAUUAGUUGAUUCAGAUGGAGAAGAUGACUUGGCUAGUGAAGUACGUCCUCUAAAGGAAUCAGAUAUUAAAUCUUUAAUAAACCAGAUACCAUUUGAGCAAUUUUUUGCUUCCAUAUUAAUUUUCAACAAGAAUACGAGUAAUUUAGAUUUAGAUGAAUUACAUACUCAAUUUUUGGGUUUUAUCAAAUUUUGUACAAAUACAGUAUACAUUCUUAGUUCUGGUUUAAAAACUUAUAAUAUAAGCAGAUAUUCAACAUUAGCCAUGCUGCUUGGUAGACUAAUUAAACAUACCUUGGAUUAUGUGACAGAAGAAUUUAAGAUAUACAGUUCACAAGGUUUCAACAAACCAGUAAAUGAAGACUAUGAUUCAUUUUGCAUUCGAGUGGCUCAAAGUAUAUUGUGGUCUAACAAUGCUUGCAAAUGGCAGAUUUUGAGUACAAUUGCGUGGGAACAAGUUUCUGUGAGAGCACUGUGGUGUAUAUUUGAUCAUUUUUAUAACAAUUCAGAAGAAAAGAACUGGAUUCAACAUAGUAAACAAGUACCUGAAUAUGAAGAGAAAUACAAAGAUGAGGAUGAUUUAUUGAUUACAGAUAGAAUAAAUAAUUUAACUGAAAAUGAGCAAUAUUUCUUUCUUCAUACACUGUCAAAUAUGAUUGCAAAUAGAUCAUUAACUGAUUCUGCUUUUAUAAUCAAAUUAGUAAAUGUGAUGCUAAAAGUUGGUUUCAGUACACCAAAUUCAUCCAAUAGCAAAUGGACACGAAUUUAUAUAAGUUCAGUGUGUGAACAAUAUUCUGAUAUGGUCUCAUUUAUUAUAUCUAGGGUCAUGAGUAAUUUGCACCCUUCAGUUGCUUUAUAUUUGUUUAAAGAAAUCAAUCUUCAGAACUGGAAAUUACAACAGAAUGAUGUAGAAUGUAUAAAGUAUUGGUUAUUGAAUUUUGAUACAGAUCGCGCUGAAAAUAAAUUAGCAAGACAUUUAUUAACAAAUAUUAAUUAUGGAAUUGACAGUUCAAAUGGUAAGCAUUUUCUGGAUAUUGCUUUACAUUUUGAAAUUGGACUCAUAGUUGUUAAGUCAUGCUUGAUGUAUGAUAAAAAUAUGAUGCAAAAGAACAAAGGCUAUAUAACGGAGGGAAUAAAACAUGUUACAAAUUUGGUAUGGUCCACUGGCACAGAUGAUUACCAGAAAUGGUGUUUCAAAAUUUUACGAAAAUUGAAGAUUCAUUGUCUUAGUCAGUCUGAUGAAAUUUGUAAAGCGUGUUGUCUUCCCUCUAGGGAUCCCUUAAAAAAUGUUUAUGAUAUAGAAGAGCUUGAAGAUAUUGUACAAGGAGUGAAUGAUAACCAUCCAGUCGCUUGUUACUUUGCUUUGCUAGCGACAACCUGUGGUCAUAGCGUCCCCAUCAUUCAUAGCAAAGGCUUGAAUCAAAUCAAAAUAUUAAGCCAGUAUAAUGAACAUGAAUCUGUUAUUCAUAUAUUGAAUUUAAUAGUACCUUUAUUUUUGGAUUGCUCAGAAGAAUUGAUAGACAAUGCCAUAUUUACUGAUAUUUUGAAUAGCUUAGUUAAACAACCAUUUACUAAUAAAAUUUUUGGAAGUAGUGGAGAAAUUUCAGAGAUAUCUAGUUUGUUUAAUAAUAUGAUCAUGCAUCAAAUAAUGUCAUUUUCAAGGUAUGCAUUAUCCAACCCAAGCAGGUUGAUUGUUUUCUGGUUAAAGUGCAUUUUCAAACUAGACUGGAAUAAUUAUUGUGUAACAUAUAUUUUAAAUAAUUUAUCACAAAUGGUCUUUGUUUUUCCAAAUUCUCAGGCAUCUGCUGAUGAAUUUAUCAAGUCUAUAUUAAUGAAUCCAUCACCUGAAUCGAAUACACUUUUCAAAUGGAUUUAUCCAACAAAUAACAUACUAACAUAUUCCAAUUUGCAAGCACCAUGGUUUGAAAAAUUAUUACUCCAAAUGAAACAUUAUUUAACAGAAAGAAAUAAUAAUUUGUGGCAGGAAAUAGUAGAACAGAUUAAUAUAUAUGAAGGAAAAUUGAUUGUUGAGAAAGCAAUACAGAAAGCUGCAACAGUCGUGAAUGUUACAACAAAUAGUAAACAACUAUGUUUGUAUCGCUGGGCUGAUAUGGGUUUGACAAUACCGAUUGACCAUCCAAUAUCACCUUUAGUUUGGCAACAAUUCUUUCAUUUGCUAUUGGAAAGAAUUAAAAUAUCUAAUGGAAGAGUUUGUUGCUUUGGUUUAAAUUUUUUAUCAGAUAGUAAUGUAAAUAAGAAAAAUUUACUAGAACACUUUGAAAAGGCUCAAAAACAUUUUUUAUCAUGUGUAAUGAAUUUGCAAACUGAAUAUACAGAAAGUAAUCCCAAUGAAGUAGCCAGAAAUAAGCUACAAGUUUAUCACAAUCUAAGUAGAUUAUAUGGACUCUUUAAGAACUGGUUAAGUGAUAGCCGGGUUUUUGAUGCUAAUUUUGAUCAAUCUAAUUUAGCAUCAAAUUUAGAACCAGCAUUGCUUUAUGCAUUUAUGACUAAUGAUAGUUCUUGUAUGAUUCCAUUUUUGGAUACAUUUAGUAUUCAUGAGAAUCUUAUGUGCAUGGUCACAAAUUUUGAAAAUAUUCUCUCUGGAUCGAAUUACAAAAAAGUUCCGCACUCAUUAUCACAAACAUUUUCUGAUUUACAACCAGAAGAUAAAAUCAAAGCAAAAUUGUCAUCAUAUGAAACACCCGUUAGGUUUGAAAAAGUUACAACUACGAAUGAUUUUGAUUUUGAGGUGCAAGUUGAAGUAAUUGAUAACUUAUCAGCAACCAAAAAAUAUUUGCAAAAAUACAUUCAAAUUUUAUUACAAAAAGCGAAAAAUCAUGGUAAUAAAUUAUUAGAACAUACAAGCUUGGAUUAUACACUUCAAGAUUUAUAUUCUAUUUUAUAUCAAAAUGUUCCAUUUGAAAAGACUAUGAUGGCGAAUUGUACUUCAGUUGCAUUAUAUGAUAGACUGAUGAGGAGAGAUCCUAAACCUUGCACUGGGCCUGUAGAAAUAACUUUACAGUAUACUGACUUACAAGUUAAUACAUCUGUGGAAAAGAGAAUUCAACGAGUUAUAGAUGAAAUUGAUGCUAUAAUCUCAGGAUCUAUGGACAGUGUUAAUGUUGAUUUAUGCUUAGCAACUGCUACCAUUCAUGAAGUCAUCAGAUUAAUAUGCCAUAACAAAAGUUCGAUUGGAAAAGAUAUGUUUUAUUUCAUACUGGAUUUGCAUUAUAGAGAGAAAAAUACUUUUCCACCUCUAGAUGAUCUUUUUAAUAUGUGUUUGACUAGUCUGACUAAGGCUUUUUACUAUAAUGACGAUUGUGCCAUAUCUGAACUCUUAUCAAAGAUCGAAAUAUUUGACACAAGCAAGUUUUGUUAA